AUCUGCUACCCAGGCUUAGAACGUGGAUGUGAAGCUAGGCGGCAGAACAUGCGCAGUGGCAGUUUGUGCCAUAUUGGAAUGAGGUCGUGGACGGCUAGGCGGAAAAAGACACUGCAUCAAAAACCGACUUGAAAAACUCCUUACUGCAGCUGUUAGACAGUCUAUAGGGGGAGCCAACAUGAGCCAUGAACCACUGGAGUCAGAUGGUGACUCUGGUCAGGAUGUGUCUGACUUCAACUGGGACGAAUACUUGGAGGAGAAUGGCACCCUGUCAGUCCCACAUCAUGCUUUCAAGCAUGUGGACCAGGGUCUUCAGACAGGCCUUGCCCCCGGCAUGAAACUGGAGGUGAGUGUGCGCGGCGAGGCAGACGGGGUGUACUGGGUGGCCACCAUCAUCACCACCUGCGGACAGCUGCUGCUCCUGCGCUACGAGGGUUACCAGGAUGACCGACGCGCCGACUUCUGGUGCGACAUUAUGACGGCCAACCUUCACCCACUAGGAUGGAGUCGACAGCAGGAGCACCCAAUGAAACCCCCAGAGGGUGUGCGGGAGAAGCACCCUGACUGGGAGGCCCUGCUGGAGAAAGCCCUCUCCGACAGCUGCACUGCUGCCCCGGCCCACCUGCUCGAAGGGGCCCAACACGUGCUGAACCCCCUGGACCUCCUGGCCAGCGGCACCAGCCUGGAGCUGCAGGACAGCAGGGACCCCGCAGUGGCCUGGGCCGUCCUCAUCGAGGACAACGUCGGGGGGCGGCUGCGCCUGCGCUACCACGGCACCAAGGCUCUCCCCGAUUCGGACGCCACCCUCUGGCUCUUCUACAUGAACUCCCUGCUCCAUCUGCCCGGCUGGGCCAAGGAGAGCGGCUGCACUCUCAGACCCCCGGCUGCACUGCUUCCUCUGCGUACUGAGGAGGAGUGGAAUGAGGUCAGGCAAACAAUCAACUCUCUGCCCCAAGACUCCACUAUCACGGAGGAGUUCCAUAAGGACCGACCGGCUAUCAACACUCACGGUUUCACUGAGGGAAUUAAACUGGAGGCUGUAGACCCAGCGGCUCCAUUCACCAUCAGCCCAGCUACAGUCUCCAAGGUGUUCGGUGAGCAGUACUUCCUAGUAGAGAUGGACGACCUGCGGGAGGACGCCAAGCGUCGCGUGUUCCUUUGCCACCGGGACAGCCCGGGCAUCUUCCCCGCCCAGUGGAGUCUGAAGAACGGCGUGAGGCUGAGCCCCCCUCCUGGUUUUCAGGGGCAGGACUUUGACUGGGCUGAUUAUCUGAAGCAGCACGAGGCAGAGGCUGCUCCCCAACAGUGUUUCCCACCUGAGCAAUCUGAUCAGUGUUUCAAGGAGUCGAUGAUGCUGGAGGCAGUCAAUCCCCUCUGUCCUGAAAAUAUCCAUGUGGCAACUGUCACCAGGGUCAAAGGUCAACAUAUAUGGAUCCGACUGGAAGGGCUCAAGCAGCCAGUCCCAGAGGUGAUUGCCCACGUGGACUCCAUGGACCUUUUCCCAGUCAGCUGGUGUGAAACGAAUGGUUACCCACUGCAGUUCCCACGCAAGCCUCGGGUGGAGAAGCAGAAGAAAAUUGCUGUGGUGCAGCCUGAGAAACAAGUCCCACCCAAAGACUGUCCUCCUGACGCCCUCAAGCAGCAUGUGAACAUCCAGGCAGACACUGCUGGACAAGCGAAUGGGAAGUACAUUUGUCCAAAGAUCUACUUCAAUCACCGCUGCUUCUCCGGGCCGUACCUCAACAAGGGUCGCAUUGCUGAGCUGCCCCAGUGUGUGGGGCCAGGGAACUGCGUUCUGGUGCUGAAGGAGGUGCUGACUCUCCUGAUAAACUCGGGCUACAAGCCGAGCCGUGUGCUGAGAGAGCUGCAGCUGGACCAGGAGGGCCGCUGGAACGGCCACGGCGAGACGCUAAAGGCCAAGUAUAAGGGCAAGACUUACAGAGCCACAGUGGAGAUCGUCCGCACCGCUGACCGGGUGGCAGAGUUCUGCAGGAAGACCUGCAUCAAGCUGGAGUGCUGCCCCAACCUGUUCGGCCCACGGAUGGUUCUGGAACGCUGCUCUGAGAACUGCUCUGUGCUCACCAAGACCAAAUACACAUAUUACUAUGGUAAGAAGAAGAGCAGGCGUGUGGGGAGACCCCCAGGGGGACACUCCAACCUAGAGGGAGGUGGCAAGAAGCUGGGCAGGAGGAGGAAGAGGAGGAAACAGCUGUUUGUUCACAAGAAGAGGCGGACGGCCUCCGUCGACAACACACCUGCUGGUUCACCACAGGGCAGUGGUGAUGAAGAGGAUCUGGACGAGGAUGAUUCCCUGAGCGAGGACUCCGGGUCGGAGAAUCAGUAUGAUCUGCAAGAUGACUCGGAGUAUUCCGAGAAGAAGUCCCAGCCACCGACACCCUCUCCCUCCCCUCCCGAGACGCCACGUCCCACUCGCAGGCGGCGUAAAGCCCGCUCUCCCUCCUACUCCGACGACGAGAACCGCCCUCCCUCGCCAAAGAGCCCCCGCAGCGAGCCACCCCAGAAGCUGUGCUUGGACAGCAGCCCUCUGGAGUGGAGCGUGACAGACGUGGCGCGCUUCAUCAGGACGACAGACUGUGCUCCGCUGGCACGCAUCUUCCUGGACCAGGAAAUUGAUGGGCAGGCCUUGCUUUUACUCAACCUGCCCACUGUUCAGGAAUGUAUGGACCUGAAGUUGGGCCCAGCUAUCAAACUGUGUCACCACAUUGAACGAGUCAAGCUGGCAUUCUACCAGCAGUUUGCCAGCUGAAAGCGUGCUACUCCCAGCCAGAGGCUCCUCUUGGGCCGGCGACGCAAUUGUCCAUUGUGUAUAUCCCUCUCCCAGCCCCAAGAAGAAAAACUGCACAUAGUGCUGCACAAACAAAUUGGUUGAUUGCAUGGGGUUCAAAGGGAUUGUUGGCUUCAUAUGCUUUUCUCCCUUGAUAAUUGACAGGUUAGUCAGAGGGUUACAGGAGUAUUGUCUGCCUGCUUGCUCUUUUUUGCUUUUGAGGAGUGGAGGCAGACACCUAGAUGGAAAAUCAGGUCCAUACAGUGUCUCUGAAGGUUCAGGACAUUUUGCUUCUCAUGAAGUUUUCCAACUGUAGAGCGGAUGACAAUGCAAGUAUCCAAGCACAAAGACCAAUAAAACGUACUGUAUGUGGUAUGCAAGGUGUAUAUAGUGAAAGGUGAGUGUGUAUAUAUUGUAAAUAUCAGAUGUUCCUUCAGAGGAAUGGUGUGUUCGAAUCAGUUCGGUCCCCCCCCCCCCUACAAAAGUCAAUGUGUUAUGUACAAACAGAACAUCACUGUUCAUUUUGUUUGUCAUUGGCUUAACACCUUUGUGCUCUAGCAAAGAAUCAGUAUUUCAUACGUCUGUUUUGUUUGUUUGUUUGUUUUUCCUGUAAUAUUGAUGUUGAAGACUGUAUGUACGUUUUGUAUUUUAUUUCGGGCAGAAGUAAAAUUGCAAAAUGUGGAGAGGAAGUCCUAUAUUUCUCAGAUGGAUGUAUUUUCUCAUGUAGUUUGCAAAACUUAUCUUCCAUUUGUGUUUCUUUUUGUUCCCCAUGUUUAUUCUUUAAGCAUCUGUAGACAAUGUGUGUUUUUAUUUUUAUUUUUGUAGAUGUUUUGUAAUCAACCCCUGCUGCAUUCAUUUUUGUUCAUUCUGGGUCAAAUCUGAAAUUAUAUUAAUUUUGAAUAUAUGUGUCUGUGGAAUACAAUUGUUAUUUAAAGAAAAAGUGAAAUAAAAACCUAAUCUCA